AUGGCUUCGAAUCCUCCAGGACAGUGCUGCGUAGCCAGCUUUCAACAUGACGGAGUUCCCAGAGGAGAAAUAGGAAAGAUCGAUCAGACAUCUACAUAUUUUACCUACCCCGACACCCACACAGACGCAACAAAAUCUUCAGACACGGCAAUAAUUUUCAUUACCGAUAUUCUAGGAAUCUAUAUCAACUCGAAAUUACAAGCCGACUUGUUUGCGCAAUCCCUCAAAUGCCCCGUUAUCAUGCCGGAUCUUUUCCAUGGAGACGCUAUUCCCGCCGAUGCAUUCGAAAAGGGUCCUGUUGAUCUGAAACCGUGGUUAGAGAAGCAUUCAGUAGAGACAGUUGAUCCCGUCAUUGAAAGAACGAUCAAGUAUUUGAGAGAAGAGAAAGGAGUCCAGAGAAUUGGUGCGGUUGGGUAUUGUUUUGGUGGGAAGUAUGUGGUUCGCUUCUUAGCAGAUCGUAGCCCGGCCGUUGAUACGGGAUACAUUGCUCACCCUUCGUUUAUCGCCGACGAUGAACUGGCCGCCAUUCAGAAACCAUUGGCGAUUACCGCGAGCGAAACCGACAGCAUCUUUACUCGAGAACUACGAUUCAAGUCCGAGGAUAUUCUGUCGAGAACCGGUCAGCCAUAUCAGAUUACACUGUUUAGUGGUGUUUCCCAUGGAUUUGCUGUUAAGAGAGAACUGGCGAAUCGACAUCAGAAUUGGUGCAAGGAGCAGGCUUUUGAGCAGGCUGUGUCUUGGUUUAGGGAGGGAAAGCAGGCGCGUAAUGGGCCGGAGCUUAGAGCCUCUGCAUGCUACAAUUUUAGAGGCCUGUCAAAACCUCUCCCUGCCUGGCUACUACACUUGAACUCCAUGUUCCCACUUCGAAGUUCACUGUCGCUUUUCAAAGUCCGCCGCUGCGACACGAAAGACCAGCCUGAUCAGGAAUAUAAAUGGAAUGACUUGAAUGACCUCCGCCCGAAUCGACAUUCACAAAACCGACGAUUAUUGAAUAUUCACCAUGGCUUCAAACUUGAUCAAAAUGCCAAAAUAUGUGAGAAUUUAUUUGAACCGUGGAAGAACAAAAUUUUCGAUUGGGAAGUCCUUCGAGAAAUCGGAGCAACUAGAGAUAAGCAUCGGGGAGGAGUCCCUGAUGAACUUUUUGCUCCUAAAAGAGGAACCUUUAAUACUUGGAUUCGGAUGAAAUUCAAAGACGGGGGUUCAGCGGUAAUGAGGUUUCCAUGCCCUGGCGCUUCGGUAUUCCCAGAAGAAAAAGUCAAGCGUGAAAUAGCUGUGAUGCGGUUCCUUGAACAUUUUACCAACAUUCGUGUGCCUCACAUUUUACACUCUGGAAUGGCUGCGGGAAGUCCAUGUGGCCUAGGGCCAUUUAUUAUCAUGGAAUAUAUUGAUCAUGACUAUGACUUCAUUGAUGCUCUUAAUAUACCUGGUCGUUGGCGCCAAGAGAGACCACUCAUGAACCCGGAUAUUUCAUCAGAAAGACUCAAUCUGGUUUAUCGUCAAAUGGCCGAUAUUUUACUACAGUUAUCUGAUCAUUACCCUUGUCUCAAAAAGCGCUCACCAUAUGGCCGGCUCACGGAAUUUCAUCGGCCCUUCAGUGUCGAACAGCGCUGUUGCUUUGAAUCCGGUUUUGGCCGGAUUUUACCUUGUCUCAUGAUUACUGCCCAAACACCCCACUUCCAGCCGGGCUGGCUGGAUGCUUCCAAGUGGACGAUGUCGCCCUGUCUGUCGAUAGUCUCGCGACGCGACCUGCGUGUUCGAAGCGUCGCCGGUUGUACGUGCGUGAGUAAAAAGGCAUGGUGCGUUAGUACAGCGAGCAGGGGCCUGAGCUGGUGUUGGCAGCAAAUGGGAUUGCAUAGUCGUGAUGAUUUUCUUUAUGCGCGAGGCCUAGUCAACUACAACUUAACAGCACAACAUAACGCAAUUCCAUUAUGUGGAGUAUGCCGCGCUAACUAUGACUCAGAUAGUGAUCCUGGUCUAGCUAUCAUGCCUACAGACCUACAAUUCUUUAUUGAUUUCGAAAAAAGAGAUCGCCGAGAUCGGAGACGUGCAGCUACAAGGAGCGGACUUAUGCCCCAGAGAACAGUGCAGAAUGGGGAGCAAUAUACACGUGCUGGCGGAAUUUAUAAGCCAAUCGAGAUCAAAAAAUACCUGCAUCCUGGAAUUCCAACAAUAGCGGAGUUUAUCGCACCUUAUCUGCAGCCCAAGGAAUGGAACGGAGCUCCACUUGCAAUGCUUCGACGAUGUUUCUCACUUCUCGGAAAUCCGCGAUGUGGUUUCCUAGAACAGCGCAACAAAUUACAAGAACUCUACAGUCUAUACUUCGGCGCCGUCGUUCAAGAUGAUACCGAGGACAGCAAUGACCCGAGCGACCACGAUGAAGCAAUUUCAGGAACUACUCGACAUGAGAAACGAAAAAGAUCUCACGGCGAAGGUUCACAUGAUGAUUAUAGGCCAUCGGGCAAAAAAGCACGUUCAGAGACUACUGGUACUAGAAAAUCUCAAGAUGCAGAAAGAGAGGCUAAGCAUUACACGUCAUGGUGCUGGGAAUUUGGACCCGAGUACUCGACAGCUGAAGUGGUGGAACGUUUCGCUCCUCUGGUGUUCCCUCAGAAGAAAACCAAUUGCGCAUCUUGA